UAAUCUGUGUUAAUAAUGGAUAUUUCGGCGCUGUCAGAGUCAAGUUUCUCUGCCGCUGAUUGGAUCAAUGCCAACUACAGGAAAUAUAGAGAUGAAAAUCAUAAGAAAGACAGCAAUAGCAAAAGCAGCAGCACUUCAGCCUCAGCCACAUCGUUCAUCCAAAGCUACGUGGCGAAGUUGCAGUUGUACGUGCAGCAGGUUAACUAUGCCGUCGAGGAGUCAAGCCAGCAGGUGGUGGCCAGCAUGCCACGCAUUUCCAAGGAGGCGGCAACACUUCAAUCCGACGUGGCAAUGCUGCAGCAAAAGAUGAGCGCCAUGCGUCAAGAAGUGGCAGCUGUGCAGGAGGAGACGGGUGGUUGUAUGGCCACGCUGGAACGCUUGAAUACGCUGCAAAGUAAGCUGCAGGCUGCUAAGGAAUCACUGCAGGAGUCUGAUGGCUGGGGCAACCUGCUGGCGGAAUUGGAAGAUUGCUUCGAGCGCAACGAUUUGAAGGGUGUCUGCGACAAGUUGACGGCGCUUCAGAAGUCGCUACAGGCGCAGGAACAGCUGCCCGGGCAUGCCGAACGUCAGACGCAGGUUGAGGACUUCAAGAAUCGGCUGGAAGCAAUGGCAUCGCCUAGUCUGGUGCAAUGCUUUGCCGAAUCAAAUCUGGAGCAGGCACAGCGACAUGUGCAAAUCUUUGCCAGCAUUCAGCGAUUGCCACAGCUGCAGCAAUAUUAUCGUGCCGUGCAGAAGAACGUGCUGCAACAGCAGUGGAAACAGGCGCUCGAGUUGCAGGUCGUCGCCGAGUCGCAACAGACGAUACCACAACAACAGCAUUUUCUCACGCUAUUCUACGAUCAACUCUUGGAUCACUGUCAGCGCCAACUCAAAUGGUGCGUUCAACUUUUUGUAGAGAACGACGAGGAAGCUCAAUCGCAACCAUUCCUUGUUAUCGCUGAACUGCUGCCAGCGCUGCAGCCGACUCGAGAUGCCCACAUUCUGCAGCUGUUGAAGACCUCCAACGAGCGUCUGGAACUGUUAGCCCAGUAUGCACAGGCCAAUCAGAAUUUUGUGCUUCAUCUGAGCUCUACGCUGGAGCAGUCACAGAUUAAAUUGUCGCCCGAGUUACAUCGUCAGCUGGCUGAAGCUGUCUUUGAAUAUUUCCAUAAGUUUAUUCAACAAUAUCCACGGCUGGAGGAAACUCAACUGUCUACCCAAGUGGAUCGUUUGCUCUCCAAUCAGGCAACGCCCAGCGAUGCAGUGCGUCAUUUGGAGGAAAGCACACGCAAGUUGUACGAGUGGCUGCAACAGGCCUGCACUCGAUGCGCCUCCAUUACCAACGAUCUGGCUCUGUGCAAGCUGAUCACUGUGCUCAACGGCAUCUUCAAGCGACAGCUGGAGAACUUUAGUCGCACCCAGCGACAGCUAAGCCUCAGCUUGGGUGCAGCUGGAACCGGCACGGGUACGGCACGCAGCGAGAACUGGUCACUGCUGCAGUACACGAUGUCGCAGCUGCAGUGUCUGGCCGAUUUCCAAUUGCAGCUGCAUCACUUUGAGCAGAUGCUCCAUUCCCGCAUGGCCAUCUUGGCGAACAAGCUGCAACAACCUGUCGCUCCGAAUGAGAUCACCAUCUACCAGACUUGUGAGCCGACGAUGCACAAGCAGCUACUGGCUAACAUUGGGGAUUAUGUGCAGAGGCGAGCGGAGGCUACGGCGGCGACUAGUGCCGAUAGCCUGGGCGUCUUUCCUCAGAUCUACACGACACUUAAAACCUAUCUGGCCGAGACGCAUGACAUUACACUGAAUAUAUUGUUGCAGCCCAUCGAGGUGCAUUUGGCGCACAUCCGUCCACCCGUUGAGGCGUAUCCAUCGCCGGGCAUUAAUAUGCCCACAUUCAGUUUUGCUCCGCAGGAGAGCAUCACACAGAUUGGCCAGUAUCUGCUUACGUUGCCACAGCAUCUGGAACCUUUGCUUCUAGCGCCAUCGGCACUGCUCAAGCAAGCCUUGGAACUGUGCAAUAUCAAGUACACCCAGGCGAUUCCCUGUGCCGAUGUCCUACUCUCCCUGGUAGUCGACCAAUGCUGUGUGAUGUUUCAGGCACAAAUAUUGCAAAUCAAAUCGUUGCCCACCUCCUCGGCCACACAGCUCAGCGUGGAUAUUGAGUACUUGUCGAAUGUACUCGAGGAACUCGGUCUAACCAUCAAUUUGCAGCUAUCACAGAUCCUUACGCUGCUCAAAGCCGACCCGGAUCAGUAUCUGAACCUAAGCAGUGGCUGUGAGCCGCGACUCGUGACUGCCAUUCGGCAAAUGCGCAAUAUUAUAUCAACACAAUAAUUAAGUCAAGUAAAUCACCUUAAGUGCCAGUAUUUAUUCCUUCUUUCAUAUGCAUAUAUGCACAUGUAUAUGUAUGUAUAUAUAGUUAAUUCCAUAAUGAAUCGAAAAUAAAAUAUCAAACUAAU